AUCGUCUCGUAUCUGAUACGUAUCCGUACUUCUACCCCUUGCUCAGCCUUGAUGACGUCCCUUGCAUCUUGGCAGAAACUCUAUUCCUCCGAAAAAGCCGAGGCGGCGCGGCGAUCGUGGCACAGCCUCGCGAGCCACGAGUCCAAAGCAAACAUAUUUUACCCAAAUUCCUCCGCCUCCACCGUUCGCCUCUUCUUAACUAUGGUUGAUCUUUUCAAUCCAUCCCAAGAGUCUGCGCUUCUGAGUAUUUAAGAAGAAGAGACGAGAUGGCAUCCCAACGCUCGUCUCCAGCCCGAUCCCCCGCCUUAGCAUUCAGCUCCCCCAUCCCGCCCGAAGCACCGAAGGAGGGUGCCGUUUCACGGCUGUUAAUCGCACCGCUGACAUUCAUCUCCUUCCUCCUCUCCCUCGCGCUCAUCGACUCAAGGAACCACUCUCUACGAACACAUUCACAUUCCCACUCUCGUCUUCCGCCUUCUACCGUCUUUGGGCAUGUGAAAGAAUUCCUGCACUCCUUGGUGUACCAAUCGAUGCCGUCAUCUCCCUACUCCUACAUCAAAUCACCCAAUUCCCAAUCCUCGUUAUCCAAAGAGGGGAAAGAGAAAGAAGAGCCAUGGCACUGGCACACAAAGCAACGACAUAUGAUGAAAGCGGAGAUGGACGAUGCCUUUCGAGUUAGGAAAUGGGUUGUUGUGUUUUUGGUUGCGUGUGCGGUGUUGGCGGUAUUUGGAGUGGUGGGCGUGCUGAGGUGGGUGGGGUAUAUUUGGAGGAAUUGGGAUCAGAUUGGGAAGCCUGGUCCAUUACAUAUUAAUAGAGUGACGGGGAUUAUGUAUGGAGAUUAUAGGGAGGUUUAAGGGAGGAUGGGGAAGAAAAGGGAGGGCUUUUGUUAAAGGGGAGUUUGAUGCUGGGAGCCCAGACGAUAAGGAGAUUUUGAUGCAUAUUCGGGGACUUCGGAUGGGAAGGAGGGACUUGGUGUUUUUUGGAGUUUGCAUAAGCUGGAAAGCUGGAAAGAAAGAACGAAUAUAUGGAUGUGUAUGAAUAGAAGUGUCCAGUCAUAGCAGAUGCUACCGAGAAAGGGGUUACGAAUUCCAAUAUACCGGCACUCCAAGAUUGCAGGUCAGCCUCUUCAGGGGAUGCUACCAAUACCAUGGAACUGGCUUCUGAUCAAAGUUGACCAGAAGAGA